UGCAUGACUGUCAAAUUUUUUGAUCUACCGAGUCUUCUCAAUUCUGUUCAUUUUUCCGUAGCUUGUGCAAUUUUUGCAGAUUGAAGUUUAAUUAUUGGCUACAACAACGGGGUUUUUUUAAUUCGAUCAAAGGUUCACUUCAGUAAUAAUAAAAAUAUACUUCACUGUAAAAAUGCCUAGUCAAGAAGUAAUCACCACCAAAGUUGUGGUGCAUCCAUUGGUUUUACUAAGCGUAGUAGACCACUUUAACCGAAUGGGUAAAAUUGGCAAUCAAAAGCGAGUCGUAGGCGUCCUCCUAGGAUGCUGGAGAGCUAAAGGUGUCCUCGACGUAUCCAAUAGUUUUGCAGUACCAUUUGAUGAAGACGAUAAAGACAAAUCAGUUUGGUUCUUGGAUCAUGACUACUUAGAAAAUAUGUAUGGCAUGUUUAAAAAGGUGAAUGCUCGUGAAAAAGUUGUUGGCUGGUACCACACAGGUCCUAAACUCCACCAAAAUGAUGUGGCAAUAAAUGAGCUGAUUAGGCGUUACUGUCCCAAUUCUGUUCUUGUUAUAAUAGAUGCAAAGCCUAAAGACUUAGGUUUGCCCACUGAAGCUUAUCAAGCUGUGGAGGAAGUGCAUGAUGACGGUAGUCCAACAACAAGAACCUUUGAACAUGUACCCAGUGAAAUAGGAGCUGAAGAGGCUGAAGAAGUUGGAGUUGAGCAUCUACUUAGGGAUAUUAAGGACACAACAGUUGGAAGCCUUUCACAACGUGUCACUAACCAAUUACUUGGUCUUCGUGGUCUUCACUCUCAACUUAGUGAAAUUAGAGAUUACCUCAUUCAAGUUGGCCAAGGAGCGUUGCCAAUGAAUCACCAAAUUAUUUACCAACUGCAGGACAUCUUUAAUCUUUUGCCUGAUAUAGCCAAUGACAACUUCAUUGAUAAUCUUUACAUCAAAACUAAUGAUCAGUCAUUAGUAGUCUACCUCGCUGCUCUAGUGAGAUCAAUUAUAGCUUUGCAUAAUCUCAUCAACAACAAGAUUACAAAUAGAGAUGCUGAAGAAGGUAAGAAAGAGGAUGCAAAAGAUAAGAAAGAGAAGAAAGAUGAGAAGGAUGACAAGAAAAUAGAGGAGAAAGUGAAAACAGAUAAAAAAGAGAAAGAGGAGAAGAAGAAGUAAUUUUAAAUCAUUAAAAUAAG